AUGAUGGAUAGUUCAAACACACAGCCUGCCGCUCCCAACCUGCUGGUCAACGCCCGUGACAUCGGCGUGCGGCUCGGCGAACGCUGGAUCAUCCGGCACGUGGACCUCAAGGUGGCUCCCGGCGAGUUGGUCUACAUCAUCGGCGCCAACGGCGCCGGCAAGUCCACCUGCGUCAAGGCCGUCCUCGGGUUGAUCGACAUCACCGAGGGACGCGUGACGCGGGCGCCAUCGCUUGAGGUGGGCUAUGUUCCGCAGAGGCUGCAGCGGCUGAUGCUGGCGCGGGCGCUGAUUCACCGGCCCGAUCUGCUGGUCCUCGACGAACCGGAACGGGGCGUCGAUGCCACCGGAACGGACGUCGUCUAUGAGCUGAUCGAAGGGAUCCGCCGGGACCUCGGCUGCGGCGUCCUGAUCAUCUCCCACGACCUCAAGAAGGCCAUGGACACCGGCGACGACCUCGUGGUCCUGGUGCCUCACGAACACGACGACCCGCCUUUCGGCAUCCAGCGCUUCCAGGGGCUCGACGCGAAUCGCGGGGACGCCCCCCCGGGCUGA